AUGGCGAGCGAUGAAGACACCGCUAUCGUCCAAUAUUAUUUAGAACACGUGUCGAGGAACUUUCUGGAAAGGAACCAAAGAAUGGUGAAAAGAGCGGCGAUGUAUUGUUGUAAGUUUGGGUAUGAAAAGACGUUGAGAUUGGUCGUGGAAACGGUAAGGCGAAGAGCACCAAUGGUGUCGCCGUGGUCGCCGUGGUGCUUGUUUUGGUGCAAACAGGGAGGUUAUGGAGAUAUUUUGAAUUUCUGUGUGCAGAAUGGGUGUCCAGAAGUACACUUAUACGACAACAACGAGUUGUAUUCUCAGGGAGUACUUGGACGAUCGAUUCGUUUGGGCGUCCCGUACUAUCGAAAAUGCAUGCGAGCAGAAAAUCGACCGAAGAAUUUACCGUACUGUUGUGAACUGCACAGAACGUGUUGCACGUGCGCAGGUUUUGGUCAUAUCAUGAAAACCGUGCGCAUUCCUCGAACCGGUGGUUCGUUCCAGGAAAAAAGUAUUUGCGACGCCUGUCGCGGUCUCGGCGUCUUCCCCGAGCGAGAUCGAGACGGUGAUAUUUUCUUCGACGCUGUCCUCGCCGCGUAA